CAGGUGAUUACUUCACGUUGGUAGUGGUUGAGGUGAAUUUUUCAACUUCACUAUAAAGCUCUUUUAUUAUUAUUACUACAGCAGAUCACUGAUUAUAUUAAUAAUUUGUCAUUGUUGUAUUGCCUUUCCAAAAAUAGCCACUAAUUCCUGUUUGUUUGGUUUGAGCGAGUUUGUUGAACUCGAUUGAUUAACCUGUCUAUGGUAGUCUGGUCUCGAUUGUUCUGGUCUGGGCACGUCAUUCUCAGCGAUGGCCGAGGCGACGGAGGAACUGAGUGCAGAUGGAGAACAAGAGGAGGCAUAUUUUUACAGAGAAAGGAUAAAAUAUGCUCCAGACGAAGAGGAGCGGCUGGAGCGCCAACACUUCUGGAAAGUCAUCGAUGCAUUUAGAUAUUAUAGAGUCCACAUUCACGAGCGAGUGAAUCGAGCAGAGAGACAGUUCGGGUUCCUCCCUGAACACCACCAGAUGCUGCUGCCUAACUUCCUGUCCAACUUAGCGAAGGUCCGUCGCUGCGUGGACCACAACCAGGAAGUGCUGCAGGCCAUCGUGCUGAACUGCGUGCACAUGUUUGAGAACAUGGAGUACGGAGAAGAAGAUGACCUGAGGAAGGUGCGCCCGUCGUCCACGUUCGACAUGGACAAGCUGAAGUCCACCAUCAAGCAGUUUGUGAGGGACUGGAGUGAGGCAGGAAAGCCGGAGAGAGACACCUGCUACCAGCCCCUCAUCGACCAGAUUCUGAAGAUAUUCCCCAGGGAUAAAUGUGAUCCCUCGAAGGUGAGCAUCCUGGUGCCCGGUGCAGGGCUGGGGCGGCUGGCCUGGGAGAUCGCUAGUCUGGGCUAUUCCUGUCAGGGGAACGAGUGGAGCUUCUUCAUGCUGUUCUCUUCCAACUUCGUGUUGAACAGAUGCGACGAAGUGAACUCUAUGAUCCUGUAUCCAUGGGUCCACCAGUUCAGCAAUAACAAGAGAUCAGCUGACCAGACACGGCCGGUGACCUUCCCUGACGUAAACCCCCAGAGUCUUCCACCGAACUCCGAUUUCUCUAUGGUUGCAGGGGACUUCCAGGAAGUCUACACAGAGCCAAAUACCUGGGACUGUGUCACCACCUGCUUUUUUAUUGAUACGGCUCACAAUGUCAUUGACUACAUAGAAACGAUCUGGAACAUUCUCAAACCUGGCGGUGUAUGGAUUAAUUUAGGCCCACUGCUGUACCACUUUGAAAACAUGGCGAAUGAACUGUCAGUCGAGCUCAGCUACGAAGAUAUCAAGGCUGUAAUUUUAAAAUACGGAUUCCAAAUGGAGGUGGAGAGAGAGUCUGUUCCCACCACAUACACAGAAAACGAGCGCUCCAUGCUGAAGUACCUGUACGACUGCGUGUUUUUCGUGGCUCGAAAACCUGCUCACCUCUUCUCCAACGGCUUCCAGGAGGCGGACGUAUGUCAGUUUGAGGAAUCCCAACAGAACGAGAAGAAUGAUGACAUGACAUGACGUCAAGACACGUGUUCCCAGCCAAGAAAAGUACAAUUAUUUUUUUAUUAUCAUCAUGAUGCCCUCGGAACUUGCAUAGUAUGCGUUUCAUACUGUAAAUGUCUGCAAAGGAAUAACAGGACACUACUCAACAAAGUGACAAAUGACAAGAUUACCGGCGUUUUAUUUCAUUUUUUUCGCCUCUUCAGUAAAGUCCUGAUUUGGUGCCUUUUGUCAUGUCCAAAUUUAUACCCAGAAGUUUUUCUUUAUCAUUCUGAAGUAUCUAAAUCGUUUGCAUGUGCUUCAGAUGUCAACUGUAAAUUUCAACUGUGUAUAUUUAUUUUCUCUAAUUACUAAAGUUGUUUUAAACUUAAUGUAUAAUUGGUAAUGGCUUUUUUCCCCUCCAUCUCAUCUGGGUUAAAUUGCAUACACACUUGACAAUAAAGGAAAAAAUAAACUUUUUUAAAACUUUUUUUUAAAGUGCAGAAUGCUUUCCGUUAUACAGUAUGUAUUUUAUCAAUACUAUAUGGAGUCAUGGUUUGUACAUGUUGGUUUUCUGAAAUCUUCUCAAACCCAAGUGCAAUUUUGGAUAGUCUGGGUUGAACAAAUCUGGUAGUAUAACCUGCAGUGCAAUGCCACAGAGCUUUUAAAGGGACAUGAAAAAAGAAAAUUACUCAUAGAAACGACCUUAUGCUUGUCCACCUACCAGUGGUGGAGCUGUAAAUAAAAAGGGUGCUGACUCAAGAUUGUGGUGGGUGGAGUGAAGCAGACAUAGGGCUUCAUUCACAAAACUUACUUUUGUUCUUUAAAAUGUUCCUGUAAAAACACAAUAUGGGAUUCAUGACACAUGUGCAGACCUUAGCAUAAGGAAACAGCCAUGAACAAAUGCAGAUUAAAAAAAAUAUGAAUGCCAAAACGUUCUUGCACACAGUUUACGAUCAAAUGUGAUCGUACGCAUGUUUCAUGAAUGAGGCCCAUUGUAUUCCAGGUUGUAGUUCUGACUGGGGAGGAUUAAAUCAACAAAAACAAUGUGCAAAAAUGCCAAGCUACUUGCGUAUACUACAAGCCAUUAAUUAAAACUUGCAAAAUCUUGGCCUGGCAUUGAAAGUCUUGAUAUCAAAAUGAGACCAAGGAACAACAAACAAUAUUGACAAAAAAAAAUUGGCAAAGUAUUGUGAGAAGCUUGUGGAAGGCUACCCCAAGUGUUUGAUUCAAAUUAAGCAAUUAAAAGGCAAUGCCACCAAAUACUAACAAAGUGUAUGUAAACUUUUGACCCACUGGAAUUCUGAUAUAGUGAAUUAAAGCUGAAAUAAAUUUGUCUCUAAUCGAUUGUUUUAAAAUUACCUCCGAUGUGAACAAAGUAGAUGCCCUAAUUGACUUUCCAAAAGAAAUGUAUGGUAACAUGAAAUGUGCGGAGUUGUGAAAAACUUAGUUUUAAUACCUUCAGCCUAGGUGUAUCUAAACUUUUGACCUCAACUGUAUGCUGCUCGAAAAAUGUCUCCUUGGCAGUGAUGAAGUAUCUAUCUAUAGUGUCCGUUUUACAACUGAUAUUUCAAUUGUCACAGUAAAUAGCAAAUUUGCAAGGACUAAAAUUAACUUGAAGUAUAAACAUGUCCUUUCAAGUUUUCAUCAGUUAUUUAAAACAUUUAAAUUGUUAUUUGACACUUUGAUGUGAGAGAAAGUUUGACUGACCACAUUCUCUUCAGACGGUAUGAUGAAAAAACAAAGGGAAAUAUUUUAGGAAACAUUGGGAAGCAUUGCUUUGGAAUACAGCUUGUUUCAUUUGUGUGAGCUAAGAUAGCCAGUAUUGUUUCUUGUAACUUGGCCUAAUUUUGAUAUCAGUACUUUUAGUGGCAGGCCUGGAUUUUGCACAUUAUAAUCCAUGACUUACAGUGUUUUGUAUGUGUGGUAACUUGGGAUUUUUGUACAUGGAAAAUGUAUUUUUGUUGAGAUAUUUCUUUUUGUACUGUGUUAUGAGUAACUGAUAAUAAUGCGUAUAAAUGUAUGAACCAUAAGAUAACUAACUCUAGAGACAUACAUACACAUAUAUACAUGCAAACACACAUUCUAGCUCAAAGAAACAGGUGUGGAUUCAGUCAUUUCUCCUUUACCAUGAAUUACAAAUAAAUGAGUGUCAUAUUUUUGA